GUGAUGUUGGGAUUAGUUGAGACUUGAAAAUGACACCCACACGCACUAUCGAGUCUAGAUUGUAGAUUGUAGAAAGUUCUUCCUCUUCCCACUGCCACUAUCUCACCUUCCCCUCACGGUACCGGCUUUUCCACUUCAGCUCUCACAGUCUCAUCGUGGAUGACUGGAUUCCCCACCAUUGGCCUCCAAUCUCCAUAUUUAUUUCGUGCCUGAGCUUCACUACUCACUCCCUUCGCGUGCUCAGCCAUCGUCAGCUCUUCUCUCUCGUUUUUUGCUGUUCCUCCUCCUCACCUCUUCUCUCUUAAUUCAUAGGCAAUUAAUAAGAAGAGACUUGCUUGUUUUCGUUCAUCGUGGAUUGCAACGACGUUUCUUGUACAGUAAAUUUUGCUAGGUCUAUUUCACAGAUAUGGAUAACACUGCAGGUUCUAGCUUGUAUCCACUGUAUCGCUGUAAAGUUCUGCACCUGGUGCGACAUGCGCAAGGGAUUCACAAUGUAGAAGGAGAAAAGAACUCCAAAGCAUACUUAUCUCCAGAACUUUUUGAUGCCCACCUUACCCCUCUAGGUUGGCAGCAGGUUGAUAAUUUGCAUAAGCAUGUCCAUGCAUCGGGCCUUAUCAAGAGGAUUGAUUUAGUAAUUACAUCUCCUCUGCUAAGGACAAUGCAAACGGCGGUUGGAGUAUUUGGUGGUCAUGGCUAUACCGAUGGAGUGGAUGCUCCUCCACUUAUGGUGGCAAAUGCUGGAAACAGUGACCGUGCCGCUAUUUCAAGCUUGAAUUGCCCACCUUUCUUAGCAGUGGAGCUUUGUCGAGAACAUUUUGGAAUUCACCCAUGUGAUAAAAGGAGGAGAAUUAGUGAGUAUCGGCCACUUUUUCCUGCAAUUGAUUUUUCACAGAUAGAAAGUGACGAAGACAUUCUAUGGGAGGCUGACACUAGAGAGUCAAAUGAAGAUGUUGCAGCUAGGGGAAUGAAAUUUAUGAACUGGCUGUGGACAAGAGAAGAGAAAGAGAUUGCAGUUGUUACCCAUAGUGGGUUCUUAUAUGAUACUCUAAGUAGACAUGGAAAUGACUGCAAUUCAUUGGUGAAGAAAGAGAUCUCCAAACUCUUUGCCAAUUGUGAACUCCGUUCAAUGGUGAUUGUUGACAAAAGUAUGAUAGGAUCAGAUUCCCCAACUACAAAUUAUCCAGGAAAGAUCCCUUCCGGACCCGAUCUUUCUAGUGAAGCUGCAGAUGAGAAUAAUUCAGAAGUACUCAAAUCACCGGCUUAGACAGUGGUACCAAUUAUAUAUCAUUCUUGGGAAAUUGUUUAAAUGAGACUCGCACUUUAUUUAGUAUAUCUUACUGGUGGUUAGGGCACUUAAAAAGAUUGAAGCAAUCUCAGAACUCCAAUCAAAUUAUGAUUUUAUAUGAUUGAAUUGCAGAAAAUACAUGUCUUACGCUAUGAAAUAUUCUGCACAAGCAGCGGAAAGAAGUCUGUUUUACACAGGCAUCAUUUAAGACUUACGAAUCAUUGAUGUCCUGGGAAUA